ACUUGGUAUCCCUCUUUAUACUCACAGCUCAUAGUUAUAUACUAUAUAAAAAAAAAGCGACACAGGGUACAUUAGCAUCCACGUUCCACUUCCAUACUUGAUCCACAAAUAAUGGAGGAGUUUCAACAUCUUAAAAUCAGUUUGGAGGAUAUUAAAAUAGCCACUGACAACUUUAAUGAGAACAAAGUUAUCGGAGAGGGUGGUUUUGGUAAAGUGUAUAAAGGAGAAGUAUCUCACUCUAAGGGGCGAGAUUUGGUUGCUUUUAAGCGUCUAAAUAGUAGAUUUGGGCAAGGAGAACUUGAGUUUUGGAAAGAGGUUAUCAUGCUUUCUCGUUACACGCAUGCCAACCUUAUCUCUCUUUUGGCAUUUUGCAACGAGGGGAGUGAGAGAAUCGUGGUGUACGAGUAUGCAUCCCGUGGAAGCCUCGAUCGCUAUCUAAGUUCCAUUGAUUUGACGUGGACACAACGUAUCAUGAUAUGCCUUGAUGCUGCAAAGGGAAUAAGUUACCUUCAUAAUGACAAGGGAACGCAUCAAAUACUUCUCCAUCGUGAUAUAAAAAGUUCAAACAUCUUGUUAGAUGAUAACUGGACUGCUAAAGUUUCUGACUUGGGACUGUCAAAAAUUGGACCCGCUAACCAACUGUACACUACUCUUAUCACCCAUGCUGUAGGUACCCCUGGGUACUGUGAUCCACUAUACAUGGAGACAUACUUCCUAACAAAAGAGUCAGACGUAUACUCCUUUGGCGUAGUCUUAUUUGAAGUGCUAUGUGGGAGAUUAUGCUAUGAAUAUAGGAAUGGCCAGUCUGUGUUUUUAGUGCGUCGCUGGAAAGAAGGAUAUGAACAAAACAAGUUGGAUGAGCUUAUCUUUCAAAAUCUCACACAACAAAUGAGCCCCAAAUCAUUUGCAACAUUUUCAGACAUUGCAUUUCAAUGUCUGCAUAGAAAUCGUGAACAACGGCCAAGAAUGUCUUUUGUGGUGGAAAAACUUGAGAUUGCACUUAAAGUUCAGAGGCGGCAUGAUCUUAAGUUGCCAGAGGAGCAUGAAGAGAUUCCGGCUGUGGUAAAUGCUCUUGGUAUAGCUACUGAUGUUUUUUCCCCAGCCCAUCAGUAUGGUAUCCAAAACAGGUUCGAGUCCAGAGAAUCCAUAUUUAAGGGUGCACUGAAGUUCCUUAACUCAGAUAAUGAGACCCAAAAGAUGAUGGCUCUAUGUGGGAUGGGAGGUGUGGGGAAGACCACAAUGAUGGAACAACUGAAGGAGGCUGUGAUGAAUUCAAAAAAGUUUGAUUGGAUUGUGAAGGUAGUUAUUGGCGAAAAUACCAACCCUGUUGCUUUUCAGCAAGCCAUUGCAGAGAAAGUUGGUGAAAUUCUAACUGAAACAACUAAAGAUGCAAGGGCUGAACGUCUUCGGAACAAAUUUAUAGGGAUGUCACAAAAUGGAAAAAAGAAAAUCUUGGUAAUAGUUGAUGAUCUUUGGAAGGAAUUUGAUCUCAAAGAUGUUGGACUAGCGAGUCCUUUGCCAAAUGGUUUCAAGAUUUUGUUCACGUCACGGUUUGAAAAUGUAUGCACUCAGAUGGGUGUUGAAACUGUUUCAAUAUUUAAAGUAGCCGUCUUAAAUGAUGAGGAAGCAAAAAGUUUGUUUUUUGGCAUCGUGGGACUAUCUGUUUCAGAUGGUGAUGAUCCUGAGCUCCAAAAGAUAGGAGAAAAUAUUGCAAUGAGGUGUGGUGGUUUGCCCAUUGCCGUAAAAACCAUGGCCAAUUAUCUCAGAGAUAACAUAGAGGAUGCAUGGAAAGAUGCAUUUUCCCGUUUAGAACACCAUGACCUUCAAGACCUUUAUGACAUAGUGCAUACAGUUUUUGAAAUGAGCUACAACAAUCUAAAAAAGGACGAGGAUAAAGCAGUUUUUCUUCUUUGUGGCUUAUUCCCAGAUGACUUUGAUAUUCGUAUUGAGGACCUGAUGAGGUAUGGAUGGGGAUUGAAGCUGUAUAAUAAAGUGUAUACUUUAGCAGAAGCAAGAUGGCGGACUAACACAUGUGUUAACAAUCUUAUGCGUGCAAACUUGUUAACUGAAAGUGAUGAAAUAGAAUGUGUUAAAAUGCAUGAUCUUGUGCGUGCUUUUGUUCUAAGUAAUUUUUCAAAAGUCAAACAAGCUUCAUUUAUCAACCAUGAGAAUAUGUCAACGAGGCUUGCCGAAGAUGCAUACGAGUCUUACGAAAGAAUUCUAUUAAACUGCACUGGUAUGGCUGAACUUCCUUCAGACUUUAAUUACCAAGACCUCUCCUUUUUUAUGCUAAUGAAUGGGAAUAGACCUCUAAAGUUUCCAGAUGAUGUUUAUGAAAGAAUGGAAAAACUUAAGGUUUUGUCUUAUGAGAAAAUGCUUAUCCCAUUGCUCCCGGCCUCGUUCAAAUAUUCAACAAAACUUCGAACGCUAUGUCUUCAUUCAUGCAGGUUAUUGGAUGAUUUCUCCAUUCUUGGAAGUCUCAGCAACUUGGAGAUUCUGAGCUUUGCCCAUUGUAAGAUAAAAAGGUUACCAUCUAUGAUAGGGAAGUUGAAAAAUCUAAAGCUACUAGAUUUGACAGGAUGUGUUGCUCUUUGUAUUGAUGACGGUGUCUUUCGAAACUUGGUCAGUCUUGAAGAGCUUUAUAUGAGAGUUUUUGGAAGUAGGCCUAUUAGGUUCACUGAUGUCAAUUGUGAUGAAUUGGAGAUACUUUCAGGGAGACUUUCUGUAUUAGAGUUGGAGUUCUUUGAGACUAAGGCAACACCGAAAAAUGUGUCCUUUAAGAAACUUGAUAGGUUCAUGAUAUCGAUAGGUUGUAAGUUCAAACACAAUGAAACAUAUUCCUACAAAAAGACAUUACAUCUUGUCGCAGAUUGCAACGAUCUUCUAGAAUGCAAUAUGAGUGUGCUAUUUGAGAAAACAGAGGAACUUCAUUUACAAGUGAAUGAUAUGAGUCAUCUUGAAGAUUUAACAAUGUGCCCUUCUCAAUAUUCAUUUUGCAACUUAAGAGUUCUCACUGUUUUUAAUUGCUCACUUUUGACAUGCCUUUUCACAUUUCCUGUGGCAAGAGGUUUGAAGAGACUCGAGCGCCUCAUAAUAUCCAAGUGCCCUGUUCUGAAAGUUCUGGUUGAUGAGAAUCGAGAAGUUGAGGUGAUCAAAUUUCAGAAGUUAAAGUUUAUGUCUUUGAAGGAUCUGCCAAGUUUAAUAAGUUUGUGUGACAUUGUCAAUGUAAUCGAGUUACCUGAAUUGAUGGAGUUGAAACUUGAAGUCCUUCCCAACUUUACUAGCAUUUAUUCAGACAAUAAUGAUACUUCUACAAUGCAAUCACUUAUCAACAGAGAGGUUGUAAUCUCUAAAUUGGAGAAAUUAGAUAUAUCUCUGAUGAGUAACUUGAAGCAGAUAUGGCCUUGUCAGAUUGCUACUACUGAGAAAAAUACUGUUUCCAUGUUGAGAGAGGUUCAUGUGACGUACUGUGACGGUUUGGUGAAUCUUUUUCCAAACAAUCCAUUGCCAUUGUUGAAUAACUUAGAAAAGCUAAAGGUUAAACAUUGUGGUUCUAUUGAAGUGUUAUUCAAUAUCGACUUGGACUGUAUUUGGGAGAUAGAGAAACAUCGUAGUAGGUUAAGAAACAUUAAAGUGGAGGGAUUAAAGAAUCUAAGAGAGCUGUGGAGAAUGAAAGGUGCAAAUUAUGCUGAUAUCCUCGUCAGUGGCUUUAAAGGAGUGGAAAGUAUAGAGAUUACAGACUGUUGGUUCUUUACAAAUGUUUUCACACCUACCCAGGCCAGUUUUGAUCUCGAGGGACUCGCUACAUACAUUGCACAAAAUGCUGAUCGUUUUGAUUGGAGAAAUAUGAAGAGUAAUCAAGAGAGUAAUGUUAUAUUUAAAGAAGAAAUAUCAAACAUCGAUGAUGAUUUUACUAAUGUCACAUACACAUCUCAUCUUGUUCACUCCUGCCAUCACCUUCAACAUCUUGAAUUAAGUGGUGAUAGAAGAGUAGAAGUGGUUUUUGAUAUGGAUAGUCCAAGUAGUAGAGCAUUACCAACUAGUCAGGAUAGCCGCCAACCACUCCAACUACCGUACCUUAAGGUUCUAACCUUAUCCAAUUUGGAAAACAUGCAUCAUGUGUGGAAGUGCAAUGGGAAGAAAUUCCCAAUUGCUCAACAACCUUUGAAAUUGCCAUUCCACGACCUCACAAACAUAUAUUUGAAGUCUUGCGAACAACUAAAGUACCUCUUUUCACCUCUUAUGGCAAAAUAUUUCUACAACUUAAAAUAUGUCCAUAUAAGUGAUUGUUUUUCUAUGGAGGAAGUUGUUUCGAGUAGAGAUGAUAACAUAGGUACAUUUGAGUCUCUCCAUAGAAACAACACAUUGUUUCCGCAUGUGGACACUUUAGAGCUUAGUGGUUUGUCAUCUCUAAAGCGUAUUGAUGGUGUCGAUACUGUUACUUCCAAUCAUGAUCAAUUUCAGGGUGCUCAAGUAGUUGGUUCUUCUUGGUCGUUAUGCCAAUACCCUAGAAAGAUAAUCAUCGAUUCUUGUGAAGCAUUGGAAAGUGUAAUUCCAUGUUAUGCAGUAGGACAAAUGAAAAGGCUUGAAAAGUUGGAAAUAUCGCUUUGCUCGAUGAUUACAGAGGUAUUUGAAAGUCAAAUGAUCAAUAAAAGUACUAACGUUGAUGAAGGAAGCGCCUCUGGUAGUAUCAGUAAUGCAUUAGCAAGUGCAACACUACAAAAUAUGAAUUUUGUGCCUAAACUAUCUAACCUAAAAGUUAUGAUGAUCGCUACAUGUCACCUUUUGAGAAAUGUAUUCUCAUUCUCUACUCUUGAAAGCCUCAAGCAACUCAAAAAGUUGAGCGUAUACGAAUGCAAAGAAACAAAAGUGAUCGUAGAAGAAGAAAAGGGAGUUGCGUCAAAAGUUGGGGUCAUUCUUCGUCUAGAGACGCUUGAACUUGUCGAUCUACCAAAACUCAAGGGUUUGUUCUUGGGGAUGAAUGGCAUCCGAUGGCCCUUUUUGGAUACUCUCAUAAUCAAGGAUUGUCCACAAAUGAUGGUUUUCACAUCUGGCCAGUCAAAUGCUCCAAAGCUGAAGUACGUACGCACAAGUUUAGGCAAACAUAGUGUUGAACAUGACCAUAACUUUCAUAGGACCACCAAUCAGGAUGACCAGGCACGUUCAGGUCCUACAAUCUUAAAGCAGUUGCCUAUUUGGUCUUUUCAUAAUUUGAUAGAAAUAGAUUCGCCGGAGAAGUAUAUUAAAAAUAUUAUUCCCUCCAAUGCUUUGCUACAACUACAAAUGCUUGAAAAGAUUGAUUUAAGUGGAUCCUACUUGGUGGAGGAGGUUUUUGAAGUAGCAAGGGAAGGGACAAAUAAUACGAGUGGUUUCAGUGAAUUGCAAACUGUUGUUGAAGUUCCAAACCUAAGAGAAAUCUACUUAAAAUGGCUACAUGAACUCAAGUAUAUAUGGAAGAGCAACCAAGGGAUGGUAUUGGAAUUUCCAACACUAACGCGUAUGUCUAUUCAAAACUGCAAUAGCUUGGAACAUGUUUUUACAUGUUCCAUGGUCGGUAGUCUAUUGCAACUCCAAGACCUGGAUAUAAGUAACUGUGGAACAAUAAAGGUAAUUGUCAAGGAAGAACAAGAAUGUGACGCGAAAGUGAAUGAGAUUAUGUUACCUCGACUUAAGUCCUUAACACUUAGGUAUCUUCCAUAUCUCAAGGGGUUUUACUUAGGGAACAAGGCCUUUUCAUGGCCAUGCAUGGAUGCUUUAGAAAUCAUGGAAUGCCCACAAGUUACGAUUUUCACCAAGGGACCUUUAGCUACCCCGGAGCUGAAAGUAAUAGAUACACGUUUUGGGAAGUUGGAUCUAACGGAAGACGUCAACUCCUUUAUACAUACCAAACAAGUAGAGGGGCAUAGUAUGUAGAACACGUAUGGAGAUCAUAUGUAUUGUCUCCAAGAGUACAUAUAGCUAUCUAUUCUAACUUCUAUCACCAAUGCUCCUAUCACCACUGCAUUCGCUAUGCACUCUAUCAACAACAAAACCAAUACCACUUACACCAACUAUUCCAAGUCCAACACAUUUCACAGUCCAGCAUGCAGUUAGAAGGACUUCUUUCAAAAAGGGUGUUUAAUGUGGAAACUGUACAAAAUAGGGACACACACAAGAAGAAUGCUACAAGGUUACAAUUCGAUCUGUUAACAACAAUUACUUAAGUCGGUUAGUUAGAGUUUGUAUAUAUAAUUGGGUGAAAUGUUCAUUUGAAAACUAAAAUUUCUGUGAAAAUUAAAAAACUAGUCAAAACACAUUGUGAUCUGAAGCUAACACGAUGUGUUUCAAUUGUGUUUUUUAAAAACACCACAUGAUUUUAUCGUGUAAUCUAAA